UUGAAAUUUGUCUUGCUAUCACGCGGUUGUUUCCGAGCUCACGGUUGCCAGCAGCAACCGACGCUGUGAAAAUAACUGUGUUUACAGCUGAAACAAUACAUCCUUUGAAUAUCACAUUAAAAUACCUCGAAACAAAGUCGGGAUUUAACGUUACUUUAACAACAGAAAUGAAAGGCUGAGCCAACCCGUUGCUUUUAAAAAUAACCUGCGGCGGGAAAUUUAAAACCAAUACUGACAACAACAGCAGCGUGAUUGUCGUGUAAUUUGUGGAUAUCUGAGGAAAUCACUGCAAUAAUCGUUAUGUUGACGUCAUGUUUACGUUGAACCCCAUGAACAACAAUCUGGUGGACCAUCAAAUCAAUUUGCUGACUUUUUUGACCAAGCCUCCAGGAAAGAGAAAAGUAAAGUUCAAACUACAAUCAUGCAGACAGCAAACUUAAAGUCAAAAGAUGUGAAAAUCUCUACAUACUCUGCUGAUGGGAGAGGAGCAGUUUCUGCAGCCCUCAAGAAAAGAUCCCAAAGUGCCCCUUUAAGACGUAACGUGACAGUACAAGUGUUGGACCAAGACAGAUCCCAAACGCCAAGAGGUCAGUCAGAUCCUGCUUGUCCAUUAGGAGAUCCUGGGACUUCUACAAAUGUGGCAGCUAUAACAGCUGCUGUUAUUGCUGCCGCGGCACCACUUAUCAAGCUCAGAGUGAGAUGGAGGCUCAGAUCGCACUGGUAACAGGAGUCCAGUGUCCAGCCGGGGAAGGUGGCCAGUACUGAGAACAGUUCUGCUGGGAGAGCAGCCCAUCUGGAGGAACUACUUAACAUUCUGAUCCAGCAUAGACUGCAACACCUGGAGACAGUCCAAUGCCAGCAGAUCCAACUGCAGAAUCGCCUCCUGGGAUCAGCUUUGGAUGUCGUAGCAGCUCGGGCAAACACGGACUCACAGUCCACCCUGCACAUGGGCUCUGGAAUCACCCAGACAGACUCUCUCCCAGCUCAGAUCUCAGGCAGUGGCAGCGUCAGACUCUCUGCUGCUGAUAAAACCUCAGCUGGAAGCCCAGCAUCAGGAGUCUUAAAGGUUGUGCUCCGAGACAAACAAACAGGUGGGCGUAAAAGCCGCCUGGAGACCCGUGCACCACGUAAAGUCAUUCCUAAACCCACCCGCUGGACAUCAUCAAUAAGCGCCAUCAAACCUCAGAAGUCCUCCCUCAGGAACCAAGGAAAUGGCAGACUUCAGGACCAGAGCCCUAAUAAUCGGAGGUCACCUGAGAGAUGUGCCUUGCAGUCUGUUAGGGUAAAGAGGUUCGCCAUGGCAACAGCCGACAACAGCCAUCCAGAGCGGUCCAGGAAAAUCCAGACGCCACCUAAAACAUCUGUUGCUCUUACUGGAAGUGUACAACCUGAAGAACCAGCUUUUAUGAAGCCACAGAAUGAACGGGAGAACCAGGCAGAACAUAUAUAUGUGGCGUCUUCCAGCUCGGCUGUGCAAAGAUCCAGUGAGAUGCUGCAGGAUCUGGGGCGGCGUAAGAAUGAGAUGAAGAGUCUACUGCAGACUGCUGAUGCGUUUCCUGUGCAGAAUGCCAAGUCGACCCAGAACAGCAGGAGCAGCCAUCUCGCCCCCUCCGCCACGGCCCCGCCUCCCUCCACAACCCCCAUCUCCAUGCCCCCAGAGCCGGUUGAUGCGAUUACCAUCAGGGCUGCUUCUUUAAACAGACCCAGCAUUCUGAAGAGCAUCCAGCCGCCCACAUCCAUGUUUGAGGAUGCAGGACUGGUCCUGAGGCAGGUCAGGCAGAGCAAGAAGGUUCUGGAAGAAAACCUGGAAACCAUUCUGAGAGCCACAGAUGGAGAGGUGCUUCACACGCAGUUAGAGGCACUGUCGAAAAACAGAGAUGUCCAUGAAGAGCUGAGGAUAAAGAAGACAGUUGAUGCCUGGAUCAAUACACUCAGCAAGGAGAUUCAGGAUGAGUUGGCGAGGGAGAGCUCUGAGAGGUUUGUGAAGAGAAGCGAUACUGCAGUCUCUAAAGUGCAGGGCCAGGGGAGCAGGAGCGGACGUGUGGCUGGUGCGAGAGGGGGAGGAAGAGGAAGAGGGGAUAAGUGAAACCUCUGUGGCAGACAAGAAAACCUCUAUGAGAAGCUCAGUUAGAGCGCAUGCAGAAAACACACCGGCACACAGCAAUCAUCCCGCUCUGUCCGUCAGAACCAGACCUGAAGGGAAGCGAGAGACGGUAAGCCCAGAGUGGACGGCCAGGCCCCGGUGCCUUCAGGGAUCAUCAUUAGCGACAAAUCAGCAACCGUAACAGCCUCCUUCCCUCCCAUCACUGUUCCUGAACCCAAACCUGCUCCUGCUAUUCGGAAACCCAACACCAUCUUACUGGAGGUCCAGUCAGAACCGAAGAGACGGACCCCACAGCUCCAAAUACAGCAUGCUGUACUACUAUAAGGGUCGGUUUUGUUCCAGGCCGCCAAGGAACUGCAUGCUGGUGAAGAUCAGGAGGAAAAUAUCUUUCCCGGAACCAGUUUCUUGGCUGUAGCCGACAUCAGCCAGGAAACAAACAGUGGACUUCCAGACUGUCCUAUAAAGAUCAACGGGCUGCCGUC